UGAAACAGUGCGCCUUUUGCCCGUCCGACUUGACAAGUCUCACUAUGGCAACAUUAGCUAGUUAGUUGACAUUUAAGCUAGCUGUUAGCUAAUUGUAUAUCUAAAUGUUAAAAUAAUAUAACGUUACAGCAAAGCGUGAGUGAAUUUUCAACUGUAACCCUGGCGUUUACUUCUGACGUGUGCUACCUCCCGAAACAUGAAAAUGAGUUCAUUCACAAAAUCUUUGAGGACUUGGAAAUACUUUUACAAGGAAACGGACAUAAUAGGACUGCAGUGUCCAAGAUCUUUGUUCUUCCAGCGUGCUGAUAUUUCCUCCUUUACCGAGCCGACUUUGUGACCUGAUUCAAAAAACAAUCGAAAACUACCCAUCCCUGUGCGCCUUUUCUGCGGGUGAAGGACGGAGCCGCAGAACGGUAGUUUGCCACUCUCACCUAAGAAUGUCGUCCGAUGAUGACGCUGACAGAGGUCGAACACACGAGCAGCCCCCAGGGCUGGAAACAGGGACGCAGUGUUGGAGGGGCAAACGCAACCCCACACCCAGAACUAAACAGAUGAACGGGAGAGACGACGGAGAACCGGACACGGCCCUCUUCCUCCCUCGGGCCGUGCGGGAGAGGGGCGGUGCCACACGUGCCGCAAGCAGCCGGAGUUUCUCGGAGGAGUCCCGCUCCGAUAACACAGGGGAGACCCUUACAGCCAAUCGGGAUGAGCUGUCUGACAGCUCGGAUCACGUGACCCGCGGGGACGACGCGUUCGUGAAGGCCAGCCACUCUGGUCCUGGUCCUGGGCCUUGUCCUCCGUCUUGGGACCUGCCUGUUUCUUACUUCAGAGCAAUGUCCUGGGAUUGUGGCCCGCCUGGAGAUGCCUGGAGCAAGACACACCUGCCUGCCUUAGAACCACGAAUAAAUGGAGAUUAUAUCAGUGAGAUUGCCACAAAUCUUAAAGAGCAGGAUGUUGUGAUUUUGAGCGCUCAAAAUGACUACUCCUGCUACGAGAACGCGUGGGUUGACGCCGACGCCUUCGGCCACGUUCUGGAGAUAUACAACAUCUCUCCCACGUUUAAAACCCAGGAUCUGAUGGACGCCCUCGCUGAAUUCAGUGCGGGAGGGCUGAAGAUCCACCGGGUGGACCACGCUCACGCCCUGGCGGUGUUCCCCUGCACGUCAGCAGCACUCCGUGCCCUUUCCUUAACGCACCCGUCGAUCAGAGUACGGAAUCUGUCCAGAGGAUCGAGGAAAUCCAGGGCGAAAGCUCUGAGACUUGCAGAGCUCCUCAGACCCCUGACAGAGGAGACGCACACCGGUCCCAGUCUGCCCAGCGCUGAACAGAGCUGCUGAUCUUCACACAGAAACAUCUGAACAACACAAGGACAGACUGAUGCGCUCUGAUCGAAAUGAUGAUUCACAUGCAUUUCCUACCAUUUGCCACCAGGGGGCAGUGAGCAGCUACUGCUAUUAAUGGAAACUUGUGGAACGCUUUUAUUUUUCAGUUCCAGUUGUAUUUUGUAACAUGGAAGUGUUAUACAAAUGCAAGUUUGACAUAUUAAGAUUAAGAUUAGAUGGCGUAGUGCAUGUUUGUGCACUAGGAUAGUUGUUCUGGGGCAUAUUACCAGUUCCACUGAAAACCUUGUUUAGCAAGGUGCAAUACUACAAAAGCAUUUAAAAGCAAGUCAAUUAAGAUUAUUCUUUGAGGGUACCACCACAUUUUUAAAGCCCAAAUAAUUUCAGUGUAGGCUGAAGUAAAUGUUCAAUUAUUACCGUGUGGUGAAACUACUUUUUUAAUGGUCACUAUCUAACUGCAAGGUAGCUUUGCACGAGUGGCAUAACAUCACAUGACAGAAUGUACCAUGCAUUGUAACAUGCUAGUUUGGUACAUGCCAUUAUUAAAGAUGUCGCUAUUAAACAGUGGGCCAUAUGAAUUGGGUUGUGAUUACAGUAUAUAAGACCAAUAUGUAGCUAAAUUAUUGCACUAGAGUUCAAUUGUAUUUUGGAGAAUUUUUGUCAUUGUAUAUGCUUCACGUACAUUUACUUUUGAAAGGCUUGUGCGGAUGUUUUCUUAGAGAUGUUUAGUUUAUGGAUGUAUAUUAAGUUAAAAACCUUUGUCUAGCAUUCAGAUUUCCCUUCUACGAAGGUUAAAAAAAGGUAUGAGUAAGCGUGGUUUCGUUUUUAUUUCAACAGCGGUUUCAUUCCUCAAAUGUAGCAAAAAUGUAUGCAAUUCUCUUCAGCCAUUUAAACUGAAAAAAGUUUAUUUUAUUUCCACCUAUACCUGUACCUGACAUAAAUAACAUGGUUGUGAUUUGCUUAGCUAUUGCAAUAAACAUUUUUGAACAAUA